AUGAAAUACUUAGCUGCUUACUUAUUAUUAGUCAACGCCGGUAACACCUCCCCAUCUGCCGCUGACAUCAAGAAGGUCUUAGAAGCCGUCGCCAUUGAUGUUGAAGAUGAAAAGAUCACUCAAUUAUUAGCCGAAGUUGAAGGUAAGAACGUUGAAGAAUUAAUCGCUGAAGGUAACGAAAAGUUAUCUUCCGUCCCAACUGGUGGUGCUGCUGCUCCAUCCGGUGGUGCCUCUUCUGCUGCUGCUACUGAAGAAGCUGCUGAAGAAGCCGCUGAAGAAGAAAAGGAAGAAUCCGAUGACGACAUGGGAUUCGGUUUAUUCGAUUAA